CAGUGUGAGCUUCCCCCAGGCACCUCUCCUCCAGCAGCCGUGCUCCCCGCCGGAAGUACCGCCCCGCCUCUAUUCUCAUUGGCUCUCAGGCCUGCCACUCACCCGGUUGCGUCCGCACUCCAAUACCCACCUGCCCUCUCCCCGGUGCGACAGGAAAACGCCGUCAAGUCACUUCCUAGUGCAGCUGUCAGCGCUGUGGCGUCUGAAACAGAGAGAGCGGCUGGCUGUACAGGUAGCGGUGCUACCCGCAGCGUGCUUCAGUGAUAACCGGGAUAGCCAAUACCGGCCUGUGUCUUGUGCUCUCUAUCCAGGGGCUGCGGUCGCCAGCGCUGUCAUAAUGAAGAAAUUGUUUGAAGGCUUCAAAACCGACAUCAAAUUCAAGAGCGCGGGACGCGGGCACCGGCUGAGCGAGGAGAGACGAGUUAAUCCCGACCCUGUUGCCAAGGACCAACCCAAGCCGCGAAAGCCACCAGAUGAGGCUCAAAUAGCUGCUGCAUCUGCAGCAAUGGCCAGACUGGAGUCCAUGCAAGGAAAAGGCAAGGGACGGCCAAAGGAUCCUGUUCGGACUCAGGCAAAAGAGCUGGAAGCUAACCAAGAAGUAAAUGCCAUGUCAAGUUACAAGCCUGUCAAAUUUAUCCAUGUCAGAACAAUGUCUUCUUAACCUCAAGAAUUGGGAAUAGGGUCAAUUUUCUUUCCAUUAGGGCAGGUGGCAGCUUAAAUAUAUUGAUCAAUAUUUGAACUGAAAUCCCACUGCUUA